AUGAUAUCACAACGAUCCUUAAAAACAUCAAGCAGUAAAUCUGCUUUAUCAAAAACAUAUAUCAACAACGCAUCCUCAUUACAUAGGGGUAGUGUGUCUUUUCGUAUAGGCAAGGGUGGCAUCAAGAUUCCAAGAUAUCAAAACACUUACCAACUUGAACCUAUUAGAAAAUUUAAUGGCGAACUUGUCGACAAAAUCUUGAUCGAUGUGAUGCAGAAUUAUUUAGUUGGCACAAAGUAUCAUUCUCAAAUGUGCAUGCAAAUCUGCCAAAAAAUGUCAGCAGAAGUGCGCGAUCAAAUUUACAAGAAGUUUUAUGAACGGAUUGCACUUACAUUGUUAUGGGAAAUUACAACAUUGAGAUGUAAUUUACUAUUAUUUGAUAUUUACUGGAAAUAUUUAUAUUUUAACUACAGUGAGCACACAUCUCUGAAUCACUUAACAAUAUAUUUAAUCUUUGCAAAUGCAUACAAAACUUUUUGCUACACGAUUUUAAAUAUUAGAAGACUAUUUCUUACUCGAAUGAUCAUUCGAUUUCAUUUCAAUGUUAUUUUCAGAUACAAAGUUGUGGUCGUUAUGUCGAUCGUUCAGAAAUUAGGACAAGGUGUGCGAAUUGAAUUUAGUAAGUUAUGGGAUAUUGAAAGAGAUAUGUAUUCAACUCAUAUGAUCGAAACCCCGGAAUAUUUUGUGAUAGGCCUCGUUGUGGGGCUUUAUUAUGAGUAAACAUAUCAUAAAGUGAUCGACGAAUGACCAUCCAAUUUUCAAAAUAUAGAAUAUAUCUUGGCGCACGUCGGCCCUGGAUUAAAAAAGAUAAAGAGAGAGAAAGAUUUACGUAAAAUCAAAUUGUGCCAGUUAAAUAUUAUAGUUAAAGAAAGGUUCCAUAUACAAACCAGAUCACGUGUUUCACGUUUUUCU